CUUUUGAUCUGAACGGUUAAGUAGAAACCAUAAAAACGAUUGCGCUCGCUGCCCGCACAAUUUUCCACUGCCAUUGAGGGAGAGGAGCGGGGCACUUGAGUUUUAGUGGCUUGGAAGUUUUCACAAGCAGCCAGCCUUGGGGACCUUGCCGCCUUGCACAUCCUGGGUAAGAGGGAAUCUUUUUCCACUCCGUCGCCUCGCAUGGUGCUCAAAAAAACCCCAAAAUUUCCGAAAUACUAAGGAAGCUAUAAAAUGCCGACAAGUUUAUAUAUUACCAGAGAACCCAAGGAACAGACAGAGAAACAGACGGACAAGAAACAACAACGCAAAUCGUGUAGUACUGCUGACUCAGCAGAAACUCCAACAAAAAGUUCCCCCUCUUCAGGCUGUUUACAUGCAAGGAAAACUCACCACAGGCCGAAAAUCCACCUCAGAGGGUGCGAGAACUGCGACGGCGCAGCGACGGCAGUUGCGCACGCGUCUCUCUCGCUCUCAGGCAAUUGCCAAAUUUUUGUUGAAUCUAAACUAGCAGCGAGGAUUGCAGCAGGCACACACAGACACUCACCGAUGCACAGCCACAGGCGCAGCUACACUAAUACGAAUCAGAGCUCGGCUUAAGCGCUGCCUCGUACUUAGUCGGCGUCGCCGAUCGCUGCCGACUUGCUGCCGAUUUGCUGCUGUUGCCGCCGCUGCUGCCAUACGACGUCGCCGCUAUAAGUCUUGGGGUUUCGAACAAAAACGUCUUGCCCAGACGACGGUCCAUUCAUGCGAGUUUUUCAUUCCGACGCGUCAACUCUAAAACGACACAUGCUCGGGAGCGUGCGCGAUCGUCACAAGCCACUCAGUCCACACCUCUCCCCGCAGAGCCACUAAACCAGACUCCCCAAAAAGUGCAGGAUAAUAUGUGUGACUAAACCAAAGUUUCGUUUAACACACACAAAUUACAACAAUUGGCUUCAAAUCAAUUCGUGAAGUGAGUGAAUAUGCUGAUAGGCUGAUCUGAUUAGUGGAAAACACCAUCCAAAUACGAACUCCGAUUAGACUUCCUCAACCUUUCCCGACUUUGGAUUAGCUGUGCAGUUGCCAAGAAUUCUCAAAUAUAGACUUGAAUUAUGGGCCUGGAAAAACAUUAUCUGAGAUAUGGACGCACUGCUAGAGAUCAUUUACUUGACUGGGCCACAUGUGGGCGUGGUCGUCGUCGUCAACAACAACAGCAGCAGCAGCAACAGUCUCAGUUGCAACAGCCACAACUUCAACAACAACAACAGCCACUGCAACAACAGUCACAGCCAUCCCAGGGAUCAUCCACUGCCACGGGGAGGCGGUCACGCCCUCAUGUAACACACAGAGGCACGCCCCUCUCCAUGCUGAUAUCUCAUGGAGUUAAAAUUAGUAAUAAUAGACUAGCUGUGAUAAUACUUGGUAUAAUUACCUUAAUCUUAGGCAUACUUUUAACCUCCAUACCCUGGUUGGACUAUUUCAUACUAAAGAACCUAAGGCUGUGGAAUGAUACAUUGAGCUAUCAUUAUUGGCAGAGACCCGGCGUCAUACGACUGACCAAAGUCUACAUCUACAAUGUGACCAAUCCGGAUGGUUUCCUCAGCGGCGAGAAGCCCAAGCUCCAAGAAGUUGGUCCUUUUGUCUACAGGGAGGACAUGGAGAAGGUGAAUGUAAAGUUUCACGAGAAUAACUACACAGUGUCAUAUCAGCAUAAGAAGAUACUGCAAUUUGUUCCUGAACUGAGUAUUGAUAAGAACACGCCCAUAGUCACGCCCAACAUACCAUUGCUGACCCUGACCAGCCUCAGCCCGAAACUGGGUUACUUGCUGUCCAAAACCAUUUCCGUGGUCAUCACAGCAGCCAACUUCAAGCCCUUUAUCAACGUGACUGCAGAUCAGUUGGUGUUUGGCUACGAUGAUGCGCUGGUGAGUCUCGCCCAUCGAUUCUAUCCGAAACACAUGCGGCCCAUGGAGCGGAUGGGACUCCUGCUGGGCCGCAACGGCACCCUCACCGAGGUGUCCACCAUCAAGACGGGCUACGAGGGCAUGGACCAGUUCGGCUACAUCGACUCCCUCAACGGCAUGGACCAUCUGCCGCACUGGAACGAGGAGCCCUGCACGAGCGUGGCCGGAUCCGAGGGCUCCUUCUUUCCGCCGCGAGACAUCACCAAGUCGGAGAUGGUCUACAUCUACGACAAGGAUCUGUGCCGCAUUAUUCCCCUCAAAUAUGAUCACACACUCGAGAAGGAUGGCAUUGCCGCAGAUCUUUUUCGACUGCCCAACAACUCGUACGGCGAUUCGGCCCACAAUCCCGAGAACAGAUGCUUCGACACGAACGAGUACGAGCCGGUGCGGGGUUUGCAGAACAUAAGUCCGUGCCAGUACGGCGCUCCAGUCUACAUAUCCAAUCCGCACUUUUACGACGCCCAUCCGGAUCUGCUGGACUCUGUGGAGGGACUCGAACCCAAGCGCGAGAAGCAUGAAACCUACUUCAAAAUACAACCGAAACUUGGAGUACCGCUGGAGGGCAAGGUGCGCAUCCAACUCAAUCUGAAGGUGACGCGUGCCAAGGACGUCUAUCCAGUGCGUGAUUUUCGUGACUUUGUGUUUCCGGUCAUGUGGCUGGAAGAGGGCAUCUCUGAGCUGACGCCGGCCAUCAAGCGUUGGAUCUAUCUGGCCACCGUCAUAGCCCCCUAUGCCGUGCCCAUUGGCUCUUAUCUGAUGAUAGUGGGCGGCGCCUGUGCUAUAAUCUUCAGCUUUGUGCGCGCCUACCAGAACUUUGUGUUUGCCCGCGAUCCCACGCUGGAGAUUCUCGAGAUGGGACGCCGCUCGCUGCGGCGUGGCAGCAGCUUCAUUGCCCACCAGCAGCACAGACUGUUGCUGCACCAUCGCGACAGUUACUCGCUGCUGCGGCACGGACCCAUGGCGGCCUGCAUGGGAGACAACGACAGGGAGGACGCACAGCCCAUUAUUGAUGGGAGCUUCGAGAGCAGCGGGACGACAGUCAGCCAGGACAGUCAGUCAUAGUUAGAGAAAGAGAUUUCGAUAGUGAUUUAAGCAGAGUGUGUGUCAGUGUCUGUGUGUGUGUGCAUCUGUGAUUGUAGUGUCUGCAUCCGUGUGUGUCUGUGCCUUAGUCUUAAUCCUAGCUCUAGUUUCGUUCUGGCCAAAAUUGUGGCAUAUACUUGAAGUUCUUGCCACUGUAUACACGCAUAGUCCUCAAUCCAUGACUCACGUCUGCACAUUCUACUCAUUCGUUCAUCCUGUAGAUGAAGAGUUCCGUGAGUGUUCAUUUUCGUUCCCGAAAAAAUGCUACAAAUAAUUCACUAGUCAAAAGUUUACAAUGUGAAAAAUGCGAGCGCUCAUUUCUAGUUUUGUUAGCCGUAACUACCUUUUAGUCAUAGCAAUUAACUAUUUUAUGUAUGUGUUAAAUAAUUUUUAGGCUGAGGACGUACGAAAUUAUAAAUAAUAUUA